AUGCUCUUCAAGUAUCUUCUGUUUCUCUGUCUCGUCUCGUUCGUGAAUGGAAUGAUCGAAGGAACGGAAGAGUCGUAUAAACCGGAAAGAUAUGCUACUGUCGGAUACCCUGUCUUGGUUGAUGGCUUCGCCGUGGACGUUCAACAGAGAAGUGAUGGCACUGAUGAGAUAGAGGAACUGCCAGUACCUUCCUUGGCCCAUAUAUAUCGUGGAAGAUUCCGACGAGCUAUUCAAGACCCCAUUGCCGAUUUUCUAGAUGAAAAAGCGGCGAGCGAUGUUUUCAAAGAUAUUCAUCCUCCAGCACCUCCAAAAUUCUCCGAUUUGCAAAACAAUCCUAACUUCGACUCAGACUCAGACUUCUUGUUCGAUGAUAGAAUUACCGUUCGACCCUCAGUUCCAACUUCUACAGCUAUGCCCCAAGGACCACCGCCAACUUCUCCGAAUUCAAACACUGGGCGAGAAAUGAAGCCGUUUGAUUUCAAUGUUGAUCCAGAUUUUCCCGUGAAUGCUCCUAGAGCUCGGGGCUUGGUAAACAUACCUGAAGGAUGGAACAACGACAAAACCGUUGAUCAGGAAUUCCGGCAAGGAUUUAGAUGGAAUUUCAAUAACUUACCUGCACAAAGUCCUGCGAGAACAUUCGAUAUAGGACUGGCCGGACGAUCACUCGAUCAAAGCUCAGUACAACAGGCUAGUUAA